CCCCCACCCCCCUCGCCCGCCUCGCCACGCGCCUGUCACCCUGCAGUCGGAAGCCCGUUGCCCUGGCAACCGCUGCGCCGCGUCUUCCCCAGCGAGCUCCCUUUGGCCCGCAGAUCCUACCGCCCGCUCCCCACUGCCCCGCGGUUUUCGGGUGGGCUCAGAGGCGGAGGGACGGCAAAAAAUGGCGGAGCGGAGCCAGACGGCGCUAGAGGCAGGCAAUGAUUUUGGAAAGGACGAUGCCAUCGGAGGGAAUGUGAACAAAUUUAUGGUGCUUCCAACUGGAUACUGUGGACAGCCCAAGAAAGGACAUCUUGUCUUUGAUGCUUGCUUUGAGAGUGGUAACCUUGGACGGGUGGACCAGGUCUCUGAGUUUGAAUAUGAUUUGUUCAUUAGGCCGGAUACCUGUAAUCCACGUUUCCGAGUCUGGUUCAACUUUACUGUUGAAAAUGUGAAAGAAUCACAGAGAGUUAUUUUCAAUAUUGUUAACUUCAGCAAAACCAAGAGUCUUUAUAGAGAUGGAAUGGCCCCUAUGGUGAAAUCUACUAGCAGACCAAAAUGGCAAAGGCUGCCACCUAAAAAUGUUUACUACUACCGUUGCCCGGACCAUAGGAAGAAUUAUGUGAUGUCCUUUGCAUUUUGUUUUGACCGAGAAGAAGAUAUUUACCAAUUUGCCUACUGCUACCCGUAUACAUACACCCGCUUUCAGCAUUACCUUGACAGCCUGCAGAAGAGAAACAUGGAUUAUUUCUUUCGGGAGCAGCUGGGCCAGAGUGUGCAACAGCGGCAGCUUGAUCUCCUAACAAUAACCAACCCCGACAAUCUUCGGGAAGGGGCCGAGCAGAAGGUGGUAUUCAUCACGGGACGAGUCCACCCAGGGGAAACACCCUCUUCCUUUGUGUGCCAAGGGAUCAUUGACUUCCUCGUAAGCCAGCACCCGAUUGCUCGUGUCCUGCGGGAACACCUGGUCUUCAAGAUUGCACCAAUGCUCAACCCUGAUGGAGUCUACCUGGGCAAUUACAGGUGCUCUCUGAUGGGGUUUGACCUGAACCGUCACUGGCUGGAUCCCUCUCCAUGGGCCCACCCUACCCUGUAUGGGGUAAAACAGCUCAUCAUCCAGAUGUACAACGAUCCAAAGACAAGCCUGGAGUUCUAUAUCGACAUCCAUGCCCACUCUACCAUGAUGAAUGGCUUCAUGUACGGCAAUGUCUUCGAGGAUGAGGAGCGCUUCCAGAGGCAGGCCAUCUUCCCCAAGCUGCUCUGCCAGAACGCUGAGGACUUCUCCUAUUCCAGCACAUCCUUCAACCGGGACGCCGUGAAGGCAGGCACUGGCCGCCGCUUCCUCGGUGGGCUCCUGGACCACACUUCCUCUUGCUACACCCUGGAGGUCUCCUUCUACAGCUACAUCAGCGGGGGCACCACAGCCGCGGUGCCCUACACUGAGGAAGCCUAUAUGAAGCUGGGGCGGAACGUGGCCAGGACGUUUUUGGAUUAUUAUCGGCUGGACCCCAUGGCUGAGAAAAUGGCGAUUCCCAUGCCAAGGCUGCGGAAAGAAAGACCCCCUCCCUACAAGUACCCAAUCCGGCGGGGCCUGGCCAGCAGCUAUCCCAUCAGCAAAGGGGACAAGAAGAGCUCAGUGAACCACAAAGACCCUUCAAACGCUUUUUAAGGACAUGAGGUCCUGGGAGGUCUUGUGGAGCAUGCAUUAUCACUAACAUUAAUCUCCUUCUAGUUUCCAAAAGAAGGGUUGUGGGAUAAGGAAUUAGCUAGUGAAAAGGAAAGGGGGAAAAUGAGAAAUUUCAUCAUUGAUUUUCCCUUUUACCAAUGGAAAAAUCAAUUGUAAGGCUUCAGCUUACAGCUCAGGAACAAAACAGGAGAUGCAAACCAGGCGAGUACAGUUCCCUUUCCCACCACAUAGAGAUUCUCACGGGAAGAGAAAAACCUGCACGACCCUUUGAGAGGUUGGUCAGAAGUCUGUGCUCUCUAGCCCUUUCCCUGUUGAAGUUGUACAGUAACCACCUUUGAGAAUAAACUCUAGUUGUUUAUAGUUUUAGAAAAGCUGCGCCCAUAUCUACUGAUCCAAAGCAACAUCAACAACACAUGCAACCCAAAGACCCUUGCACUGCUGGGAAUAAUGGGACAGAGUUUUUGAAAUUACAGUGGUCUCAGACAUUCAGUCACUUUAUCUAUGAGUUGUGUGCUCUCUGACUCACCCAAAUCCCAGCGUGCAACAUUAGAAAACUGAUCCAAGAGCUAUUUCCCAAUGGGCUGGGUGGUUUAAUUGAGAAUUUAGCUCCAAAGGCAAAAAAAAGUAUUGGUCACACAAUCUUCAGAUUCUGGUGUCACAGAUCCAGCCUGGCCACCAAGAGGCAGGCAUUUACAGUCUGAAAGGGGGGAAGGCUGAUGGCCAGGUAGGGGAGAUACAAAAGACAAAAAGAUGCUCUCGCAGGCAGGUGGGGGUGGUAAAAUAAAACAACAGCAGCAGCAAUUCCCAAGGUGAGGCAAGCUUAAUGUUGUGCAUUUUUCUAAAGAGUCAAGUGCCUUUGUAUGAUGAAUGGGACCCGGAGAGUCUGCUCCCUCCCUGUUGGAGAAGCAGCAGGCUGAGUCACCACGACAGCCUGCUAAUUAAAGUGACCUCCCGGAAAUGAGGAUUAGGAGGUAGGGAGAGGAAGGGAGGCUCCAGGGAGAUAGGGCCUUUAGCACAAAGCUCCAGUUAAGCACUUUUUUGCUUUGGGUUGAAGAUUUUCUAAGUUGGAUGCAAAAAAGUAUGAAGAGCAAAGAGUGUUCUUCUUUUGCUUAUUGGUUUUCAGAAAUUAUAACAAACAACCAUAUGUUUGCUGGCUACAAAUGUUGUGUUGUGUAUACAGCUUUUCCCCAGGGUGCUCGUUGCCCAGAGGAACACAAAUAAAGUGGUUGAUGCAGCUCUCCUGUCCCUCUGAGUAUUCUUGGCACCUUUCCCUUUAGGUCUUCCAUUCCUUUGAGAUUCAACCAGACAACCUCACUUUGUGGUCAGGGACUCUAUAACCAAGAUAAGGAAGAACGAUUGAAACUUAACUUUCCAGCAGUUGCCAUGUCAGAGUCCUGGAAAUUUAUUUGACUGCAACCAGCUCAACAUGAGGCAACAGGGUGGCAGGCCCUUCAGAAAGGAUAGCUUCUCUUGAGGCAGCAUAAUCUGAGGCAAAUUGCAUAAAGUAAGGGA